AUGGCCCAACCGGUUGAUGCGAAAGCUUAUUAUGGCUACUUGUUUGAAUCCGACAAAAAGCCGACCAAAGUCCUGGAUGCGCUGCUCCGAGGCAUCGCCAACUAUAUCAUCGAAUCGGUAGGAGACAAGAAUGAUAAGAAUCUCAGCCCCGCGAAGCUGGCGACCUUCUACAAGGCUGUUGGUGGCAACUAUGACUCUCUCUUCAGCGACGUUCCACAUCCCUCCAUCUCUUGGAUCUACGCUUCAAUAGGCUGCCAGCAUACACUCCAACCCACAACCAACGAAUUCGAACCACCAUCGAUCCCCGCUCUCACCCAACGCGGCUUCGUACGAUGGCAAUCGAUAGAGAUACUUCUAGGGCCCGAAGAACACGUCCCCUUCAUACAAAGCGCUGUCCGCGACUUCGGCAUCAAGAACCCAGGGACGGGGGAGAACUUCCCAGCAGACCUCCCAAAAGAAGCAUUCCCGCUCGAACCCGACGUCGAGAUCGAAAGAUGGCAUAACGAGUGCGCAGUAAAGCUGCGUAAUCGAGCAUCCUUGAGGGACAACAACCCAGAUGAUGCAGCUCCGCGUCCCGAUCUACCUCCAAGACCGAAAGUGCAACCUGGUUAUCCACCUGUCCCUAUCCGAUUACACCGACCCGUGAGAGGAGAUACAGAGUUCUUCGAUCCCAGAUCUAGAAUUUCAAGACCACUGUCAUACCAGCAUGUAUCCAGCGUGGCGCAUGGUGCGCGAACUGUGCGUCCCAAACUAUCACGCUCUCCCUCCCACCGCGCGCGGCAAUUCCUCGCUCCUGAGGAAGACCUCCCCCAAGACCAUGUGCCUCGCUCUCGACGACGCAGCUAUCCCGAGAACCUCAACUCCCCUGAUACCCCCAUAGAACGUGUCACAAAAUCACCGCCAGAUACAAGAUGGCACAAUCAACCGCGACAUGCGAGCCCUGGCGGCGCACCGGAGAACGAUGAUGAUCCUCCAAGUCCAAAAACACCCGCCGUGGAUAAACGCAGCUCGCGCCCUCAUUCCCAUUUCCACUCCACCCGUGCAGGACACGAAUCGGAGCCUGAGAUAUCACCUCGAUUUGUACCGGCCGUCCCGGCGCCGCCCGAUGCUCGACGACGAGUACCGAGAGGCAGAGAAGAUGAGAUCAAAAGACGCAGUAACCCCGUACCCGUUGACCCUUCUGGGAAAUUAUCUGCGCCGUUUAUACUGCAUAGAGAGAAGGAGAGAGAUAAAGAUGGCAGGAGUAUUUCCCGCGACAAAAAGAAAUUGAGCUGGAAGGACCUGAGCGAGGUUACGGAACGGUGGAGACGGAGUGCUGCUGGGAGGGAUGCUGCCACCGAUGAGACGGCCGCGCGCCAUAGACGAGAGAAAGAGAGAGAUGGUUAUCGCGAGAGAGAUAGAGAGCGAGAGAGAGAAAGGCCGAGAACAAGCUCGACGAGAACCAGUUAUGAAGAUCUGUUGAUGAGGCGAGAUCGCGAUAGGGAGCGCGAGAGGGAGAGGGAAACCGCUGGACGGGGAGGGGGGUUGGAUAAUAGGACAUUUAGGGACAGGGAUAGGGAUCAUGAGAAGGAGAGGUUUGCGGUGCCGAUGAGGGAUGGGGAUGGGAGGAAUAUCAAGCACCAGCGCAUCGACCUUCGAAAAACGAUCCUCCAGCUCGGUAGCUCUUCAGCGAACGAGGUUGCCCGCCAGCUAAAGGUGUUCGUCCCUACUGCCGACCACCCCUCGCAAGCCGUCGAGGGUGCUCGCAGUGUCACCGCUCCUACUGCUCCUAUUACUGCCCCCGAAACCGCGGCAGCCGACAAAUCCAAUCCUCUUGGUCAACCACAUCAUGCCAUGUUCGUUAAUUGCCAAGGAAGGCAGAAACAUCCGCGCCUUCAAAAUCACCCCAGCUUCGGUUAA